AUGUCGCGACAGCGCACCCCAUACGGCAGCGGCCUGGCGUCCUGCAGCUCCACCGCGGACGAGGUGCUGAAGCUGGUGCACCUGCUGCCGCCUGCCGUGCGUCAGCAGCUGAGGCAGCACCCAGAGCUGCCGCAGCUGCUGGAAGUGGUGAUGGACCUGGGGCGCCCGCCGCUGGCCCGCUUCCCCGGCGGCGACGUGCGGCUGGCAGAGGCGGCGGUGAGCCCUGAAGACCUCCAGUAUGCUGUGCGCCAGGUGGGGGAGUUUGGCGGGGACAACCGCGCCGGCAUCGACAAGACGCUGCACCGCAUCAGCUGCAUCCGCAACCGCGCGGGGCGGGUGGUGGGCCUGACGUGCCGCGUGGGGCGGGCCAUCUCAGGCAGCGCCGCCAUGGUGGCUGACCUUGCCAGGGACGGCAAGAGCGUGCUGCUGCUGGGCCGCCCCGGCGUGGGCAAGACGACCGCCAUCCGCGAGAUUUCACGUCUGCUGGCGGAUGAGUGCCAGCGGAGGGUGGUGGUGGUGGAUACCUCCAACGAGAUCGGCGGCGACGGCGACAUACCGCAUCCGGGCAUCGGCGGCGCGCGGCGCAUGCAGGCGCGCGCAGUGCCUCACCCCGAGCAGCAGCACCGGGUGAUGAUAGAGGCUGUUGAGAAUCACAUGCCUUCCACCAUAGUGAUUGACGAGAUAGGCACCGAGGCGGAGUGCCUCGCUGCCCGCACCAUCGCCCAGCGAGGCGUGCAGCUGGUGGCCACCGCGCACGGCAACGAGCUGGAAAACGUGGUGAAGAACCCGAGCCUGAACGACCUGGUGGGCGGCAUCGCCUCGGUCACGCUGGGAGACGACGAGGCCAAGCGGCGCGGGGUGCAGAAGUCGGUGCUGGAGCGCCAGAGCCCUCCCACCUUUGACGCCUGCGUGGAGAUGGUCAGCCGGGAGCAGUGGCGGGUGCACCUGGACGCGGCUCCUGCCCUGCUUGUGUCGCACCGCACAGUGCUGCUGCGGAGGGCUGAGGUGCGGGAGCGGGACGAGUCUGGCAAGGUGUGGAGCUGGCCAGAGGGCGGCGGCACCGACUCGGAAGACGAGGAGGCGCCCGAAGGCGGGGAGGCGGCGGCCGGCCGGCGCGGCGCCGGCGCCGGCCGCCGCCAGCAGCCGCGGCGGCAGCAGGUGGAGACGCAGCCCUUCCCGGCUGAGGCCCUCAGCGCCGCCCGCAUGGGCGCGGCCAUGCAGGCGGCAGAGGAGGCUGGGCUGGCGCUGCCCGCGGCGCUGCGAGCCGCAGAGUCCGGCGCCGGCGGCGCCGCAAGCCGCGGCGCGGCCAAGGCGGCCGGCGGCGGGCUUGGCGCCGGCGCCGGCCCGCCACCCACCAGCCUCGGCCUCCCCGCCAGCAGCAGCAGCAGCAGCGGCAGCAGCCGGAGCGGCGGCGGCGGCGGCAGCGGUGGCGGCCCAGCAGCCCUGCACGUGUAUCCCUUUGGCCUGGAUGGCGCCGGCAUUGCCGAGGUCGCAGAGUCGCUGGGGCUGGGCGGGCGGCUGGCGGUGGCGGAGCGCAUCCAAGAUGCAGACACGGUGCUGGCGCUGCGCAGCAAGAUCAAGAGCAGUGAGUGGCCCUCCGCUGCUGCUGCCGCUGCUGCCGCUGCUGCUGCCGCUGCUGUGUCUGCUGCCAAGUCUGCUGCGGUGCGGCUCCGCGUCUGCCGGAUCCGGCAUGCCAGCAGAGCAGCACAAGCAAAACCCGAGGAGCAGCAUGAGCAAGAUACCUGA